AUGGCAGGUCCGACUCUAAGUGCAAGCUCUCCGCCCCUCAAUGUUACGCCGGCCAAGAACCGUAGGGUAUGGAAGGGUCUUCAGAGGAAGGGCAGAGCCGGCAGAAGCAAAGAGCCAGGAGACACAGAGGGAACAGCCAGCCAGCGAGCCCUGUCCCCAUUGGAAGCAGCCGAAUCUUCAAACCUCAGGGCAAGGAAGCAGUGGAACCUAGACAGUUUAGGCUCCCAUCCUCCGGAGACCUCCCAGCAGCUCCGGAGCCUUGGCACCCAGAGCCGGUGGAAGGUGGAGUUGGACAAGCUCCACAGGGAAGCUGCAGGAGACCUGGGGCAGGUCUAUUCCCAAGAUGCCUCCGCUGAUCUGAGUGAGAAACCAGGGACCUCAGCUGCAAUGCGAACCUUUCAAGACUGGAAGAAAGACAACCUCACCCGGAUUAAAGAGAGGGCAAAGUCCCUCCGCCUGAAACAGCUGGAUGGGGCCAACGCAGUCGAUCUUCUCCAUGCCUUCUUCCGCCAGUUCUUUAGCUACCUGAAUGAAUGUCCCGAGAGACCCUACUUCAGGGAUGUGAGAGAACUGACGUCGGGGAGCAGCUACCAGGUAACAAGGAGAGGGAGGCCCUUGCACCCGAAUAACUUUGACGUGCUGCUGAGCCUGCCGAUUCCAGAUUAUAUUCAGUACGCUGAGGUGGAGGGGUACGAUGGGCUCUUCUACACCCUGACUCUGCUGAGAAAGUCCCGCAGCUUUCCAGCCGCCUUCCUGCUGGAGGACGGGCAGACUGUGUCCCCAGGGAGCAUCAUGGCGGAGUUCCGGCAGCACUUGGAUCAGUUCAUCAAAGUGUUCUACUCAGUGCCUUUUCCUGGAUGGCAGAUGAGGCUGGAGAGGAAAAAGCAGAACAGCCCAGCGGUGCCCCUAGUGAUGGUGGACAACCGAGGUGACACAUUCAUGUCUAUUGACCUGGUCCUUGCUCUGGAGAUCUCUGGCCAAUGGCCCAGUUCAAAUGACGAAGGGAUGGAUGUCAAGCAGUUGUUGGGGGAGAAGGAGCCAUAUCUGAGGAAGACCCUCUAUUUCAUUGCUAAACAGGCCCCUGGUCAAGAUAACAAAGAGACCUGGAAAAUGUCUUUCUCUCAUGUGGAAAAGGAGAUUUUGAAAAGCCACACCAGCACCCGGAAGUGUCAGACGACCACGUGCCGCAGGCCAGAAUGUCUGCAGAUGCUGGAAAGUCUUUUGGGAGCCCUGAAGACAGAGCACCCCUUGGAACUGGCUCCUUUGAGUUCCUACCAUGCUGAGACGUCUUUCUUUCACACGCUGCUGCAAUGGAAGCAGGCCCAGGAUGGGAACCCCUCCAGCGUUGCUCACUGUUUCGAAAGGGUCCGGGCCAAUUUCAUUCAGCAGGUGGCAACCGCUCAUCUGCCUCAUUUUUUCAUUCCCAAAUGCAACCUGUUUGGCACCAAAUUCUUUCCGCCCAAUAACUUGACGUUUCUGCUGGAGUGCUUAAGAGAGAAGCAAAAAAAGAAGCAGUCAACCACUGUGUCCCGAAAGAAGAAGGUCGCAGCCCCGCCACUGCUGGCUGCUGCUGUGAGCUGGCCUCUAAUGAUCACUGUGGGUCUGAUGGUUCUGGUGUCGAUUGGACUCUCCCACUUUAGGUCAUAAAGAUUCUGAGCGUCUACCUUUCCAUUUGUAAGGACUGAAGGAGUCUGCUGGGACGUUAAUUGUUAGUGAGGGUGGCAGGAGGGGGCCUAGGAGCUGCACAAUCGACCACAUUGCAGGACCCAGUUAUAACACCGCUGUUCCUCAGACAUGAUAAAAACACACUCUGUAACGUAGCUAGGAUCAAAGCGUGUUUACACUGUGCGCCUGAAUCACGCACCUGAACUUUGCAGGGAUCUA